AUGCCUCGCAAUCCGCACUCCGGCGCUUCCACUCUCAGAAACCGCAAUCGCAUUACAAACAAGACUCGCCUCAAGAUCCAGUAUGGCAACAUCGAAGCUGACGCCCUGUUCAUUCCCGACGAGGACGAUGAAAAGGAUCGUCUCACCAAUCUCGUCGCUGGAGUCGAUGCGGAGGACGCCAAUGAACACCACUUGCAAGAAGUCCUGUCUGGCAGCAACGGUGUUGGCCGACACGCAACGCGCGACGCGCCUGCUGCUACGCAGCAAGCGUUUAUUCCAACCCCAGACUCGACCGGCAUUGUCGACAACUAUGAUCAACUAUACCCCAACACCGCGUGGAAAGAUCCCAAGACUUACAUUUUCUCGUCUUCGACUGUCGAAGAGAAUGUUAAGUGGGGUCUUUCCGGUGGAUUCAAUUACAAUAUGGAUGAACGCGACAAGGAGUGGCUCGACAAGCACAACGAGUCUGCGCGUGGCGAGGGUACAAGCGCCCAAGGAUCUGUUUCUUCAGCCUCCAAUGCGCGAACGUCACCUCGAACAUCCAAGGGUAAAGGCAAAGAGCCAGAAAAUCAAGAUGCUGGUGGUGUGAUUUCUGAGGAUCUGUUUGAGGUCGUGAUGGGGUUGUUCGAGAAGAUAACGACGGAGCGGACGGAGUACCUGCAUCAUGUUUGUCUCCUCUGUUACUUUCAUUUUCCUACGACUAACUUCGAGCUUCAGGGUCUGGAGACGGGAAUGGAGUUCCCAGCUUUCUCUGAGUACCAGGAAUUUUUCGGCUCAGCUAUUCCGCCUUCAACAUUCUCGUCGGGGAUAUUGCCUUCGUUGCUGCCCCCGCCAGCAUCUAUGCUACGAGUUGCGGAAGCCGUCUACUUUUACUGGAGAGAACGCCGCAUCGAACGCGGUGGUCAUAGAAUCAUUCCAGUUCUAAAUUUCGACGAAUCGGACACGCUGAACGAAUCGUACAUCUGCUUUCGGCGACGCGAGACUAAGGCUGUGCGCAAGACUCGAGCGUCCCAAGCUACUCCAACGGACAAGCUUGCACGAUUACAUGCAGAGCUUGCAUACCCUCUCGAGCUUGCCAAUGCAAUCCUACUUCGUGAAACACAGAGAAUUCAAUGUCAGGCCGAAGCACAGAACGUCUGGUCUCUGAGGCGAAGGCUUGUUGACCUCAAACGAGAAAAUCCUGCUCUUGGUGACAAGGCAGACGAGGAGUUUCUUGUGGAGAAGGAGCGGCCCAAGAAGUUUCCCAGCUCCCGUAUACCGAACCUCAAAAUCAGGACGGGCGAAUCCUUGACUCCAGCCCGUGGAGAAGUAUCAAUUAAACCCUCAGAGCGCAUCGCCAAGAUUCGCGACCACCUAGAUGCCGCACUUGACCGUCAAAUCGAGGUUGACCAUCAUUGGGAAGAUCAAGUCGACAAUCCUUACCAGGCGCCUCUGGUUCCCUACGCUUCUAGACUGUUCAAAUACAUUCCACCUUCAGAUACCCAUGUUGGGCUUGGUGAAACUGAGGAUGAGGAUAAACCACAUUCUAGACAGGCACGUUCCAUUCGUAUGCGUUAUGGGCGAGGUGGUCGCGUCCACAUCGACCGCCGAGACUUCAACACAAGGUCCAUCUGCAUGAAACGAAAACGAUCGGCUCUGCUCCCAUCUGACGACGAGAUGGACGUUGAGGAAGAUGAUGAGGAGUCGGAGAGGAAACGAAGGCUAGAGGAGCGCUGGAAAUUCGACCUCGAUGACGUUCCAGCCGUUGGCCCACGCGGAGCGGACGAGGAAAACAGAAUUUUGAUCGAUGAUUAUGAUUUCCCAUACCUGAGUCAUCGGAUGACCUUGAUGAACGAUGCGGACCACCACAAUAUGCUAACCGAUCCAUCACUGGUUGUACAAGCUCCGGAUGGUCGUCAGCAGUUGGUUGUUCCAUUCCGACUAGGCGGACCACCCACCCUUGUUCGCCGUGACCAGAAUGGUGUCCUGCGCGCGUAUCACCCCCUGAUUAAUGGCGGUAUUCCAAGUGGUGCCAUGUCGUCACCGACUGGAGUUAGUAGCAUCAAGAAGAUGCCCCCGCCAAGUGCUAUCCCGCAGAUGCGGAUUUCUUCCAACGGUGGCAUGCGUCCUCCCUCCACAACACCAAACCAUCAGGCUAAUGGUUCCGUGCUUCCAUCCCCCCAUUCUCUUCCUGUACCCCAUCACUCAAGCGCCAGCCGUGCUGCCAUCUCCAUGCCGCACGUCGAUCUUUCGAAUCCUGAUUCUACCCCAAUUCCCAUCCAAGUUGACCAAACCAAGAAAGAGGAUGUCGAUGUUACUAUAAAACCACCUGCAACAUCACCUUCGCCUACGAGACUGCCCGCUCAUGGUCAAAACCAUGCCGGUCUCGCGGUUCCAACCAACGGCUUCCAUUUGACCCCCAUGUCAAGCCACGCUGCCGCCGCUCUCGCCACGGUGCAACGAGCUUCGCAGCAAGAGCGUGGUCUUACGAUGCAGCAGCUGCAGGAGCUCAAGACGGUUUUUUCUAACCUCCCACCAGCCGAUCAGUUAGCGAUGUUGCAGGCCAAUAACUCUCGGGCGGUCCUGGGGAACGUGCCCAUGCCCAACGGCAACAACGUUAACGUCAGCGUGAAUGGCAUGACGAAUGGAAGCAGCCACAUGCAGCAAUUAGCAGCAGGCGGGCACAUGAACCUCAAGUUGCCUGUUAGCCGGCAGAUGCAGGUGAAUGGGCAGCAGAUUGCAGGGGUGAAUAAGCCUGGGGUUAAUGGCCAAACGGCCGCGAUUCCGACGAAUUCAGCGUCCCCACCUAUUCAGGCCGCACCAUCCCCUUCUCGGGCCGCGAGUAUGACUAUGACGUCUCCGUCGUUGCAGCAUCAGCAACCGGCUGGGAAUACCCAAGGCAGUUAUUAG